UCAUCGUAAAAUUAGUUUAGCUUCAGCUUUCAGUUAUGAAAAAAUCCAGCACCACUAAAUCUCCAAGGCAACACAUAGUAAGUGUUUUAAAGGAAGACAAGGAAAAGGAUUCACGGCACAAAAAAGUUAAGAAAGUAAGGAAGGUUAAAGAUAACAGCCCCACUUAUUUUAGUAUUUUCCAGACUGUUUUCAUCUUGUUAUCAUUAUUUCCUGCAUGCGCUUAUUUAUAUAACUUCAUAACCUGGCCUUCUUGCGCGUUUUAUUCCUCGUCUGGUUUUUGUGUCUAUCAACUUUCCUCUCGUGAAGUUAACUUGAAGUUAGAAAAUUUCCCUUUUGAAUCCCGUUUUAAAAUUGUUGAUUCCGAUGAUAAUCUUACCUUGCACUACGUCGAUGAAGGGGGGCUCAACACGCAUAUACUACUUUUACUCCACGAUGCACCUCUUUGGUCCUUUACGUAUCGGAAAACUCAUCUCUAUUUUUUCAAUGGCAAAACUCCGAGUUAUUGCCGUUGAUUUAAUUGGUUUUGGUCGUUCUGAUAAGCCUUCCGUACGAAAAAUUCACACCAUUGAAAAUCAUAUGCGGUGGAUUACUUCUUUGCUGGACCAGAUUGCCAUUAAUGAAGGCAUUACCUUGUUUGCUAUGGGCCGCGCCGGACUAUUAGCUCUUUCUUUGAUGAAAAGUGAUCCAAACCGCUACUCUCGGAUUGUUCUCGGAAAUUCUUUAUUUUAUUCCCGUGAACUCAGCAAUCUUCCUUUUUCGCAUAAACUUGAGCGCUAUAUCACUCGCUUUUCCCCUUAUCUUUCGCCUACUGAAACACUUAAAAGAAAUACGCUCUCACAGCAUUAUUAUUCACUUUCGGAAAUUACUGAGUUCGAGACUGCUAUGCCGCACCACGCACAUACCGUUGCUUGGAGCGCCAUUACUGACUGGUCUUUGCCUUGCAGCGAAAAAAAAAUUUCUGAAUUCACAGAUUUUUAUGAAAAUUUCACAAAGCCAAUGCUUAUCUUAACUUCUAAAGAUUACGAAGUUGGGACGUUGUUCGGCAAUUGGUUUAAGACGCACGUGCCGGGCGCCGCACACCAACUAAAUGUGGAGUACAACACAAGUGAAGAAUAUAUUCAAGAAAAUCACGCCUCCGAAAUUGCCAAUCAAGUUAUGCUCUUUCUGGAGAGCAAAAGUUAAAACUAAACAGACUUUUGGA